CCCAGAAGCGCCCGCGAGGCCAAAUCCCGCGUCCUGUUCUCGCGAGGGUUGUUCCUGCCUCCCUCUAGCCGGCCUAAGCGCAUCCAUCCCUGCCCUGUGUGGCUUGUGUCGCUGGCCAUGGCCGACCCCAAGUACGCAGACCUGCCGGGCAUUGCCAGGAAUGAACCAGAUGUCUAUGAAACAAGUGAUUUGCCUGAAGAUGAUCAAGCCGAAUUUGAUGCGUUUGCACAAGAGCUGGAGGAACUUACUAGCACCAGCGUGGAACAUAUCAUAGUCAACCCAAAUGCAGCCUAUGAUAAAUUUAAGGACAAGAGGGUGGGCACCAAAGGACUAGACUUCUCUGAUCGUAUUGGCAAAUCCAAAAGAACAGGCUAUGAAUCUGGAGACUAUGAAAUUCUAGGGGAAGGACUGGGUGUGAAAGAAACUCCCCAGCAGAAGUACCAGCGCCUGCUGCAUGAAGUUCAGGAGCUGACUGCUGAAGUAGAGAAGAUCAAGAGCACCGUGAAGGAGUCUGCAGCUGAGGAAAAACUGACACCAGUUGCCCUUGCAAAACAGGUGGCCAGCCUGAAGCAGCAACUGGUCUCCACCCAUCUGGAGAAACUGCUUGGGCCAGAUGCAGCCAUUAACUUAACAGACCCUGAUGGUGCUUUGGCCAAGCGUUUGCUCAUUCAACUGGAAGCAGCCAGGAGCACUAAAGCCACUCCUGCAGGUGGAAAAAGCCCUGUGAAAGCCCCAGCUGGCCCAGGAAACACGGUGACAUACGAGCUGCACUCUCGGCCUGAACAAGACAAAUUCUCUCAGGUUGCCAAGAUUGCAGAACUGGAGAAACGGUUGGCUGAGCUGGAAGCUACAGUUCGCUGUGAGCAGGAUGUCCAGAAUCCACUGUCUGUUGGACUUCAGGGAGCUAGUCUUAUGGAAACUGUAGAGAUCCUGCAGGCCAAAGUCAGCUCCUUAGAUGUGGCAUCCCUGGACCAGGUGGAGGCACGACUACAGAGUGUCUUGGGAAAGGUGAAUGAGAUUGCCAAGCACAAGGCCACUGUGGAGGAUGCAGAUACCCAAAGCAAGGUACAUCAGCUUUAUGAGAUUGUGCAGCGCUGGAGCCCCUUGGCCAGCACCCUCCCAGAAGUGGUGCAGCGCCUAGUCACGGUGCGGCAAUUGCAUGAACAAGCCAUGCAGUUUGGGCAACUUCUGACUCACUUGGACACUACUCAACAGAUGAUUGCUAAUUCCCUGAAGGACAACGUUACUCUGCUGAGUCAGGUUCAGAAGACCAUGAAGGAGAACCUUGCUGCUGUCGAGGACAAUUUUGCCAGCAUUGAUGCACGGAUGCAGAAGCUUGCCAAGUGAUGCCCCUAAACUCAGUCUACUGAGACAAGGCACAAAAGUUUGCCUGCUGUCCAAACAUGCACUAACUGCUCCGUCCCUUCCUUAUCUCUGUCCCUUUUCUUGCGCACUUGUAGCAGGGGCUCAGCCUUCGUGUAGGCCAGGGGAUUGAGUGCUUAGUUAUCUGACAGACUUCUCCCUGCAACCCUACUUCUCUUCCAAUGUUUUGCUGCCCCUGCGGUGAUGCCAACUGCAGAGGGCAGUGCUGCAUUCCAGUCUGGAGAGGAGGGCCUGUACUAGCAAGGGAACUAUCCUUUGCAUAGCUACCUGGGCAAGGUACACUCUGGCCCAAAACAAGGAGCUUUUACUGGGAAAGGUGUCUUAUAUCCCCUCAGUCUGGCAUGGAAGUGGAGCAUAUUGUUGUGUAAUUAUUUACUGUCAUUAAACACUUAACGCUUA